AUGACCAGACCCCUGCGGCGGCCUGCCGGGCUCGGACCGUUCGUCCUGCUGUGGCUGCUGCUGCCCACGCCAACUGGGCGCGGGGUCCAGGCCGGGCGGGCCUGGCCCGUGCCGCCCUGCCCCGCGGCCUGCGAACACCGCCCUUUGGGCACCUGCGGCUGCCCGGCGGCGGGAGCGACCGUGUGCGGCAGCGACGGGCGGACCUAUCCCAGCCUGUGUGCGCUCCGCGCCGAGAACCGCGCCGCGCGCCUCCGUGGCGCGCUCCCGGCAGUGCCGGUGCAGAAGGGGGGCUGUGGGGACCCAGGGACCGGAAGCGCAGGCUGGCUCAGGAGCAAGUUCAACUUCAUCGCCUCGGUGGUUGAGAAGGUGGCCCCGUCCGUGGUUCAUUUACAGCUGUUUCGCAGGUCGCCUCUCGGCAGUGAGGAUGUUCCUGCAUCCAGUGCCUCUGGCUUCAUAGUGUCUGAGGAUGGGCUCAUUGUUACUAACGCCCACGUCCUCACUAACCAGCAGCGGAUCCAGGUGGAGCUGCAAAGUGGGGUCCAGUAUGAAGCCACCGUCAAGGACAUUGACCAUAAACUGGAUCUUGCCCUAAUUAAGAUUGAGCCAAAUACUGACCUCCCUGUAUUGCUGCUGGCAAAGUCAUCUGACCUGCGAGCUGGAGAGUUCGUGGUGGCCUUGGGGAGCCCGUUUUCACUGCAGAACACGGUGACGGCAGGAAUUGUCAGCACCACCCAGCGAGGGGGCAAAGAGCUUGGGCUUAAGGAUUCGGACAUGGAUUAUAUCCAGACGGAUGCCAUUAUUAAUCACGGGAAUUCUGGGGGGCCUCUAGUGAACUUGGAUGGUGAUGUGAUUGGCAUAAACACGCUGAAGGUGACUGCAGGAAUCUCCUUUGCAAUUCCCUCGGAUCGCAUUAGGCAGUUCUUGGCCGAAUUCCAUGAGCGCCAGUUGAAAGGAAAGGCUCUCUCACAGAAGAAAUAUCUGGGUCUGCGCAUGCUACCCCUCACGAUGAACCUGCUUCAAGAAAUGAAAAGGCAAGAUCCAGAAUUCCCUGACGUGACUUCUGGGGUUUUUGUACAUGAGGUGAUUCAAGGAACAGCUGCUGAAAGCUCUGGGUUGAAAGACCAUGAUGUAAUUGUCAGCAUAAACGGACUGCCUGUCACCACGACAACUGAUGUGGUUGAAGCUGUUAAGGCCAAUGAUUCACUUUCCCUCCUGGUUCGUCGCAAAAGCCAAACUUUGAUUCUGACAGUUACACCUGAGAUAAUCAAUUAAGAGCCUUGCUUUAAAGAUAAAUUAUCUAACAAAACCAAAGCCACGUUACCUGGUUUGUAUUGAAGAUGUGCCAGUGAUGGCAAGGGGUUUUAGGAUCUCCUUCUUUUAAAGAAAAAUGUGUGCUUUAGAACGCACAUACACACAUUCCAGAACCAUCAGGUUGGGGGUGUUAGAACUGCUGCUAAGGAGCCUAAGGCAAGAUGGACAUGGUGCCAGGAAGUCUGGGGAGCUGAUAACUUUUUAUUUAAAGACAGGAAACAACUGAGUAUAGGAAGUUUCUAAUUUAUCCUUGAUGGAAGGACACUUUAGUACUGUA